AAGUUGUCUGCGCAGUCUCUCACUCUUGGUGAAUAAAUCCAUAUACAAUGGGCUGGCAGAGAUUGUGACGGCAGCCCUGCGAGUACAAAGCUUUUCUUUUGUGUAACUGAAGACAAGGGCCACUUCCCUAUUUGCAUGCUUUUUUAUUCUUUUUUUUAUUUUUUGUAGAAAUGCUGCCUAUGUUUGUUUUGUCCUGCAAAACCACAACUUAUGUCACCUCCUCACCGCCUAUUUGAACCCUGCAAAUAACAACCCAAUGUGCCAGAAUUUUUUUGCCACGAUGCUGCACAUUUCCCUCCCGUUCUCUUCAGCACAUUCAGGCCUCUUCCCCAGGACAAGGAAGAAUCGGCAAGUCUUAGUGGCAGUGACGCCACACUCAAGCAUGCGACAGAGCCAAAGUCUGAGGCCCCUAAAGACGAGGAUAAACAUUGGACCUCUAAGGAUACGUUGACCAUACACAUGACACUAAAACCAAGAACGAAGCAGGAUGAACCCGGGACCUCUAAGAUUACACCAGCUAAAGACAUAAAAGUAAAACCAGGGGUGAAGCUAAAGGAACAGACGUAUCAGUGGUUUGAGAAGACUCAAAGGAAGAAGCUGGUCAACAUGGGUCAAUUCCCGGAAUGGUUCCAUGGGUUCAUCACACGCAACCGAGCAGAGGACAUGCUGCAGGACAAGCCGUUGGGAUGCUUCCUGGUCCGCUUCUGCGAGAGCCAUGUUGGAUUUGUCCUAUCUUACAGGGGUGUUGAGCGCUGUCGUCAUUUUGUGUUGAACCAGCGAGAUGAUGAGACGUAUAUGAUCGAAGGGGAGACCAGUGUCCACACUCAGUUAGAAGACCUGAUCAACCACUACUGCACUUACCCUGUGGAACCCUACAAAGAACUGCUGACCACACCCUGUUCCAAGAACUCGAGGAAGGUUGACUCUCCGGCCACGUCAAGAAUCUCUCCCAACUCGCCUACGGCUGGUCCGAUGUAUGGGAGGAUCACCAAACCAAGCAGAGAGAUGCUGGAUGCGGGUACUGCUUUGGCAACGUCGCCCAAAGACGAGACUAAGCAGUCCCCAAAAUUACAGGUUAAACAUCAAUCCUCUUUACCAGGAUGGAAACUUCCAGCGUUUCCUGAACCAAACCUUUCUCCAAGUCAAGAAGACCCGGAAGACCCACUACUGGACUACAUACCAUUCAGUAAGCCCUCAGAAAGCCCUGGAGGAGCUGAUGAUGAAGAGAAUCCUGCACGAGAUCCUACCUACGCCUCAGUAGAUGAAUUCAAUACAUACACAGAGCCUGCUCAUUGGGGCACGCCGGCAGGGAGUAACAGUGACAAUGGACAUGAACCCAUAGCCUUUUAUGCUAUGGGCCGCGGAUCCUGCCGAGGCAAUAUGGAUAAUGUGUAUAGUGAGGUGGAUGUACAUUCCAUGCCAUCUUGUGGCUCCAAAGCAGCCAAGAGUGCCCAUACUAACUUUUCCACCCUUCCUACUGCAAUCAACAAAACUUCACAUGCUCAGAAGCCUUCAGCCUUCCAUUCUUCAUUUCGUUCCAACAAGACGUCAGGAUUACCACAAGAACAAAUACCCAUAGCACAAGGGAAACCUGCCAAACAAGCCUACAAGCUAAAGACCAAACAGCAGAUUUCUGUCCAGUUUGAUGAUCCAUCCUAUGAAAAGACCACUGUCCAUCACGUAAAUUCUUCACAUCUUCCACUCUUGGACGAUCAGGAGAACAUCUACGAGAGGAUCCCGGACAAUUAUCCAGUCAAGGUGAAAAAUAUUCGGCCACCAAAGAAGGUCAGUUGAUAUCGGUGAGGCCUGAUCUUCACAAAAUAAAACGGACUGACGGACAACUGAGAGUUACUCGGGCUGCAUUAAAGUGACACGUGGCAAACAAUAAAAGGCAGUUUUGAGUUUGACCCAACAAGAACAUGCAAGUCAAUGUACCAGAACCUGGAAAUGUUAAUGCAUGACAACAUAAGAUAUAUAGGCAACAGUAUGUGGGCAAGUGACCAUUAAACCUACAUGAGCUUGUUGGAUAUCCCAUCUCAAAACCAUGGACAUUAUUAUGGAGUUGGUCGCCCUUUGUGGCAAGAACGGCCUCCACUCUUCUGGAAAGACUUUCCAUGAGAUUUCAUAGUGUGUAUGUAGGAAUUUAUCCCCGUUGGGCCACAAGAACAUUUGUGAGGUUAGGUACUGAUAUUGGAUGGGAAGUCCUGGUUCACUAUUGGCUUUUCCAUUCACCCCAAAGGCAUUCAGUAGAGUUGAGGUCAGCUCUUUGUGUAGACAACUGGAGUUCCUCAACACCAUCUCCUCAAAUUAUGGCCCGGAUUCACAAAGACUUACGCCGAUGUAUCUAAUGAUACGCCGCGUAAGUCCAUGGAUGCGCCGUUG